AUGAGCUCAGACUACGAGUUCGACGACUUCCCUUCACUGAAUGACGUGGCAAUAAGCCAAAUAGACGCGAUAGAGACGGCCGCUCUCGCCCCAACCACCACCACCACGAAAUCAUCUCCUGAACCUGAAGAAGACUUUACUUUCGGCGAAUUCGACCCCAACGAGUUGGACCGAAUCGACGACUUCAUACAAGCAAGCUAUAAUGGCGCUGCUCAGCCGGUCGCUGGCCCUAGCCGUAUGCAUCAAACAACCCUCUUCGGAGAUGUCUUGCCACUCGACGAAACAACACGACCAGUGGCCAGGACACCGUUUGGCCGCCAAUCAUCCAAAACCAAGAAAUGGGACCAGACGAAAUUCCUAGCGACUGGGCAGAAGAAACGCCCAACAAAGAAAAAGCAGGGAUAUGACUCGGAGGAAGAAGUGGAAACCGUUGAAUUCGAACAGUACCCCGCUCCGUUCAUAACACGUACGUGUUUCCCUUCAGAUACUUAUUGUCUUUUAUUGACUCAUGAUAUGUCCAGCUGGGUGCGUCCAUUGCUUUCAGUGGAAUGCGCGACUGAAUCUUAUAGGCCCCCUCCGCCUAUGAAACUCAAGCCUGAUCUUCUGGAGGCGAAACACUGGGUGUAUCCACUGAACCGCGAAAAGCGAAGCUACCAGUUCAAUAUCGUCAAGCAUUGUCUUUUCGAGAACACAAUUGUCGCGUUGCCGACUGGUCUGGGCAAAACCUUCAUUGCAGGAGUUGUCAUGCUGAACUACUAUCGGUGGUUUCCCAAGGGCAAAGUUGUCUUCGCAGCGCCAACAAAGCCAUUGGUCUCGCAACAGAUUGAAGCUUGUCACGAGACCUGUGGAAUACCUGGCAGCGACGCCAUAGAACUGACGGGAAACAAUCCAGUUGCCAUGCGAGCGAGAGCUUGGAAGGAGAAGCGAAUAUUCUACAUGACUCCUCAAACUUUUUUCAAUGAUCUGGAAAAGGGGACAUGCGAUGCAAGAGAUGUCGUACUAAUAGUCAUUGAUGAAGCCCACCGAGCACAAGGGGAUUACGCCUAUACCAAGAUUGUUCAGUAUAUGAUGGCCAAAAACCCUUACUUCCGAGUCCUUGCUCUGAGUGCAACUCCCGGAAGCACCCCCGAAGUCGUUCAAGGGUUGGUCGAUAACCUGCACAUUAGCAGGAUUGAAAUUCGCAACGACGACAGUCUUGACAUACAGCCCUACAUCCAUGAGAAGAGAAUCGAACGGCAUAUAAUCAAGAUGAGUGAAGAGAUCAAUAAGAUCAAGGACCCAUUGAUCAAGCUGAUGAACACCUAUAUAACUACGCUGCGGAGCCAAGGCAUACCAUCCGACGGUCCGCCCUUCAAUGCGCUGUCCAUGCAUCCUCAUCGUCCUCAAGCCACAAUUCAAAGCUUGCAUGGCGGCCAGAAAUUCGCCGCGAUGUCAGCAUUGAUGUCGUUGUCUCGACUAGCUAGGGCGGUCAUGUACCUAACCCAGGGGACUAUUGGCAUGUGUAGCACAUACCUUCAGACGUUGGCGAGCAAUCCACCCGAUGAAGAUGGCAAGAGGAACAACGCGGUCAAAAACUUGAUCGAGAAACCAAUGUUCAAGGCGGCAAUUAAAGAGCUCGAAACACUGCGUCUAACAGGCGUCCUCAUACAUCCAAAAAUGGAGGUCCUGAAGCGUAUUCUUAUCGACCACUUUGGCAAGAAUCUGGGUGACGGGGAAGCGGAGCCUGCAUCAACCAAGGCUAUGGUUUUCCUUUCAUUUCGAGAAGGAGUUGAGGAAGUAGUCAAGUUUCUCAACGAGGAUCAUCCCUUGCUUCGCGCGCAACCCUUUAUUGGCCAAGGAAAGGACAAGAACGGCGUCAAGGGACUUACUCAGAAGGAACAGCUCGAGGCGAGUAUUUUAUAUACCAAGCCGCACCCAAUAAACAAUGCCGUUGUACAGGUCAUCCGAAAGUUCAAGGCCGACGAGUUCAAUAUCCUUGUAGCUACCUCUAUCGGCGAGGAGGGACUCGACAUUGGAGAAGUUGAUCUGAUUAUAUGCUACGAAAAUCAGAGUACCCCGAUCCGCGUGUUGCAACGAUUUGGCCGAACGGGCCGUAAGCGUGACGGUGUUGUUCAUGUCCUCUUGUCGGAAGGACGGGAAGAAGUAACCAUCGACAAAGCCAUGGAUAAGCAGAAAUUGGUCCAUGGUGCUAUCGUGCAUGGCGAACAACUCGAGCUAUACGGUGACGUCGAGCGCCUUUUACCUGACCACAUUCGCCCGGAAUGCCUUGAAAAAGAAAUGGAAAUCGAGAGAUAUGUUCGAGACGACAAGAAGCGGACCAGUUCCAAGGAAACAAGCUCAAAUAGCAAGGGUACAAAGCGAAAACGCAACGAUGACCCGGCACGCAACAUUCCCACUGGGGCCAAUAUGGGCUUUACCACGGCGUCGAAGCUUAGGGUAAAAGAACCCAAACCAGUUAAAGAACCCAAACGCCAAAAAGUUGAAGAUACUCGAUCACUCGAAGAACGGGGCGAAGACGAUGAUAUGGACAGGGAGUUAGAGGAAGGUAUUGUUGGUCUGCGACACAGAGCAAUGACUGCCGACUCGUUGGCCACAACCACCAAGUCAAUCAACACGACGACGCUUCGACGGGCUGCGACGGAAGGUACGAAACGGGCAACAACGAAGAAAGCCCCACCUAAAACAGCCAAGAAUCCUUCUUCAACUGACAUUGGGUGGCUAUUGGACGAAGAUGACGACGAUGUCGAGGUUGUGGAACCAGUCAAGACAUUAAGUGCCAAAGCAGCUGGCAAACAACGCGCUUCAACCCCUGUCAAGAAUGAUAUGCCGCCCCCGCCUGUACCCUCCCGUGCUUUUUCACCUCCACAACCUUCAUUUCCCGUUCGGAGAGGCGGCAAGCAACGAGUGCAAAUCAUCGAUAUCAAGUCGUCGCCACAAGUCGAUUCAUCGCCAGUUCAACGUCGACUACAUCGACGGGGAGCUAGGGUUGACAAACCAACUGUCAGAUCAGAGAAGAAACGACCACCCCGGGGUUUAUAUGAUCUGGAGGCCGUACACAGCGGCGAUGAAGAGAGCGAAGGUGGUUCUGAAGAGGAGGAUCCAGAGAGCGAGUCUGAUAGACAAUUCCUCAAAGAUUUUCCCGACACACAAGUCUCGCCCAGUUACGAUCAGAGUCUGGUCUAUCGUCAAAGCUUGCUCACGCAAGCACCGGGGAGAGGUCCUAUAUUUGCCGGUCGACCGGUUCGGAACGGCUUAUUCGGAAGAUUGGGGGGUGAAAAGCGCGAAAGGGCAACGGUUGUUUCGAGUUCGCCAUAUCGGGGGGAGUCAGAGUCGGACGAAUACGCCUUUGGCAGUUUUGUGGUGGCUGACGAUAGUUGCAGCGAGGGCGAGACUACGAAGCGUUGA